CCAGUGUUGAACAGCAUGCCAUGAAUUGCAUUGAGCACUGUCAGCAGUUUAGGACAGUGAAGAGACUCGUGAUCUUUAUUGAUAUAUUCCUAACUAAAUAUUCUCAAUUGUAGUAAUUUUUUUUUGUAAUUUUUUGACACAAAAAUAAUAGAAAUAUGUGGUUGGAAGAAUGUGACAGUUUUGCGGAACUAUGCCGGGGUUAUCUUCCAUAUUAUUUAUUAAUAGUUUUACCAAUUUUUAUUAUAAUUUCACCGGCCAACCCCGUGGCAGCCUCUCACGAAUUUCCCGUUUUUCGAAUGCACCAGUGGGACUUGCACGGUGUACCUCAUGGAUGUCGCAGUGCUCCCAUUUCUUUAGAAGCAAGAUCACUGACAGGAUGGAGUACAUCGAGACAUUGUGUUGUCACAAGUAUUCUAAGUCUCCAUCAGGAUUCAUUUCAAGAUAUCAGAGAAAAAGCUGGUGCAUUGAUAAUUGUUCUUCCUGAAAAAAUGGAGAGUCUCACUGAGGAACAAAAACAGCAUGUAUUGGCAUUAGAAGAGUCCAUGUUGUACGGUCCUGUGACUCCAAUUCCAGUGUAUUUCGCGCACUGGAGUCCGUAUCUCCAAGAGGUAUUGGACGAUAUUGACGGUGGAUUUAUUACCGAUGAGAAGGCAGGCUCGGCUGCAGAGGCAAUUGUGAAUUCUAUUUCUGCCAGUGGCUACCAAGUAGUGGUUGCCACGAGCCAAGCAACUGCUAAGAACGAUGUCAAAGUAGCCACAUUACAAGGCAAAUUGACUGGCACAGGUGCCGAGGAAAAAUUGCCUAUUAUAGCUCUAGUCGCUCAUUACGACAGUACGGGUGCCGCACCGGAACUGUCUUUUGGGGCCGAAAGUAAUGCUUCAGGAGUAGCAAUGUUACUCGAAUUGGCGAGAAUAUUCUCUGCCCUAUAUUCAAUUGGUCGCUCACGACCGCGAUUCAAUCUAGUUUUUUUAAUAACCGGUUCUGGAAAAUUAAAUUACCAGGGCAGUAAAAAGUGGUUAGAGGAUCAAUUGGAUGGAUUAGAAGGCUCGAUUAUACAAGACGCUUCGUAUGUAAUGUGCCUUGAUUCUGUCUCGACGGGAAAAAAUUUAUAUGUACAUGUCUCGAAACCACCGAAGGAAACAUCUUCCGGUGGAUUAUUAUACAAAGAAAUGAAAUCAAUUGCCGACGAUUUAGGCUAUACGACUGUUGAAGGUGUACAUAAGAAAAUUAAUUUAGCCGAAGAGAUGCUGGCUUGGGAACACGAAAGAUACAGUAUUCGAAGAUUACCUGCCGCCACUCUUUCGACGUUAAAAAGUCACGAAGAUCCCAUGAGAAGGACAUUUUUAGAUACUGUUGAAAAUGAACAAGUUGAUAGACUUUAUGAGCAUACAACAGUUGUAGCGGAAGCGUUAGCAAGGCAUAUCUACAAUUUGAGUUCUGGUCAAAUUUUCGCAGAACCAUUGAGUGUUUCCAAAGAUUCUCUUUCAAUGUGGUUAGAGUAUUUAUCCGCCCAACCGAGAGCAGCUGUUUUAUUAGCGGAUAAACAAAAUUCUUUAGUUAGUUCACUUAAGGAAAUAAUGAUGCGAUAUUUGGGCGAUGUUAAAGUUACGCUUCACAGUCCCGAAAAACGUGAUCCUGAAUUCGUUUUGUACGAUGUCACUAAAGCUACAUUAAAUGUAUACAGUGUAAAACCAGCAGUGUUCGAUCUAUUUCUAACGAUUGCUAUAGUUUUGUACUUAGGAAUUGUGUACCUGGCUGUACAUAAUUUCCCACGCCUUUACUCCUUAGCAAUUAGGCUCUUCGUCAAGAAUAAGGUCUCAUAAAUUUAUGCGGAAUACUAUUUUCCUGAAAAUUUUGAACUGAUAUUGAAAAUUAGAGACUUUUUUUUAUCUGUAUUCAUUGUAUGUACGUAAUACUUAAUUUGUAAAUUAAAGGAGUACAGGCAUUUUUUUUCUUUUAUAUAAUGCGUGAAGUCCAAUUUUGCUAGUCUUAUUAAAAUAUUUAAUGAACAAAGUUUUUAAUUUAGAAUCGACUAGUAAUUAUAUGCUGAAACUAUAGGCGCUAUAAUUCUUUCAUCUUUCUAACUAGACAAUCAAGUAAAUUAAUUAUUUCUUCUUUAUAAUUCGUUUUUCAAUCUAUUUAAAUUACCAAGAAUUUAAGAAUUUCAAGUUUUCGAUUUUCGUAGUCAUAGAUUUAAAAAAUAUUUUAAAAAUUUCUUUAGAUAUUUAAAAUAUAUUUUAAAACUUUCUUUAGAUAUUUAAACAAUAUUUUAAAAAUUUGUUUAGAUAUUUUUUUGAACCUAUGACUUGCUUAAAAUAAUGUAGAAGAAUAAGUGAAAUACCAAGACAUUGUUUUUAAAUAGAAUUUUAUUUAAAUUCUUCUAUUGAUGCGAAUAAAGCAACUAGAAAAUAGUGAAUUGAGUGAGAGAUAAUGCAACCAUUGUGAAUAAUAUCAUUUAUUUCUUGUGUAAAAAAAUAGAUAAUUAUAUUACCUUUCCGUGCGUGAUAUUCUUCGAUUAAAUGUAAUGCAUUCCACGAAAUAGAUUUUUUUUAUAAAAACGUAAUGUACUUCGAAAAGAAUGGGGGUAAUAUCGAGAUUUACCAAUCCAUUUUUUUAUUGGAAAUUAUGCGCGUAAAAGUUAUUAAAUAUAAAAAUUGAUGAUUAAAUAUGUACUAUACAAUAAAUAUAAAUUUAAUCAUAAAUUAUA